AUGGGUUGUUCCCGGACCCGCACGUUCCCACAGCUGGGGCUCGACGCGCGUGUGGUGGAAGCCGUUCUACGCAAACUGCGCUGGCGUACACCAGCACCCGUACAGGAAGCCGUGAUUCCCGCCGUGCUUUCCGGGAAAGACGUUCUAGUGAAUGCUCCCACUGGAUCGGGUAAAACUGGGGCCUAUGCACUGCCAUUGGUUCACCUACUGUUGCAGAUCUACGACGAGGAGAACGCGAGAGGCGCCUGGUGCGAAAGCACUCGCGCGAUCGUGCUGGUGCCCAGCCAAGAUCUGGCGCUGCAACUUGGUCGAACUUUUGUGUCACUAACGGAAAACCUGCCGCUGCACUGCUGUGUGGUAACCGGAGCCUUCAGCAACAAGGCCCUAAUCGAUACCUGGACGGAUGCGAGUGUCUGCGUAGGAACGCCAGCUGGACUUGCGCAAUCCCUAACCACAGAGCGGGCAAGGAAUGUCGUGCUGCUGGUAAUCGAUGAAGCUGACCUCGUCUUGUCGUUUGCGUCGAGCGCCACUCAAGUCCACGACGUUGUAAGAAAAAUACCGACAAAUGCUCAAGGUGUGUUGCUAAGCGCCACACUGGACGAGGAGGUAGAAGCGCUGCGUGCUUUGGCACUGCAUCAACCAGAAGCCUGUCGCAUAGAGGCCAGCUGGGAUGCAGACCCCUCUGGCAACAAAAGCAAUGUACAGUACUGGGUCAGUCGAUUAUCUGGUCUGGAUGAACGCUUCGCAUGGCUCUACGUGGUUCUUCGAUUACGCAUUCUGCGGGAUCGCAUUCUCGUGUUCGUAGACAGCGUGCUUGAGGCCUAUCGCGUGAAGCUCUUUCUGGAUCGCUUUGGGAUCCGAUGCGCGGUGCUGAAUGCAGACUUGCCGGUCACGUCGCGCCAGCAUUGCCUUCAGCAGUUCGACGCUGGUAUAUUCGACAUUCUCGUAACAUCGGAUGAAGCGACAACGUUGAAAUCGACUGGCUACUCAGCGUCGCGUGGUCUUGAUUUUCGAUCGGUGGAUGUGGUGAUCCACUUUACCGCGCCCAAGAAUAUCGAAGUUUUCUUGCAUCGCUCUGGACGAACCGGAAGAGCGGGCCGUGCGGGCAAAGUGGUCACGCUCGUAACCAACGACGAUGAAUCUCAGCGAAUAGAACGAUUUUUUACGGAGCAUGCCCGGUUGUCGAUGCAAGGGCAGCCCCGCCUUUUGGCAGUUCGAAAGGAAACGAUGGAAACAUUUCGUUACCGAGUCGAAGAUGCACUCUGUGCCUGCACAGACCUGGCUGUACGGGAAGCACGCGUCCAGGCUCUUCGCGAUGAGAUGCUUCGCUCGCGGGCUUUCCGGGAUGCUCUGCUGGCUGCCCGCCAAGGCGAUCGGGUGGAUUUGGAAGUGCUCAGCCAUGAUCGUCCGCUGGUGCGGAAGCGGCUGGCGGCACAUCUGGGGCACAUUCCCGAUUAUAUGCUGAAAGAUGAUGGAUUAUGGCAGGUGCUGGCUCCCGAAAUGGCGAAUGCUCAGUCCGCGACGGAUGACCUGAGACCAGCAGGUCCAGAAGAGUUGAAUAAGCCAGUCGAAAAGCGUCCCAAGCGGAAGCGUAUCGCCAGGAAUUUCCGCAGUGGACCGCGGAAGCGCGCGGAACCCCUAAAGAGACUGCGUCUGUGA